CUGUAAAGCUAGAUGAAUUCGGUAGAGAUGUGAAUCAACAGAAACGGAUGGAUAUGACAAGAAGAGAAAAGGCUCGAGAGCGUAGGAGAGCUAAAUCUGAUGCUAAAAGAAUGUCUGCCAUUAGAAAUGACAGUUCCUAUCAGCGAGUAGAAGGAGAAUCAAGCACUGAUGAAAGUGACAGUGAGAGUACUGCCUACAAAUCAAACCGUGAUCAGUUGCUUCAGGUUGCUGAAGAGAUAUUUGGUGACACACAUGAUGAAUACUCUCAAUUAGCUGUAGUUGUUAAUAAGUUUGAGAGAUGGAAGAAACAGUAUUCUUCAAGCUAUCGUGAUGCUUAUAUGUCUCUGAGCAUUCCUGCUAUUCUUUCACCCUAUGUUAGAUUAGAACUUUUGAAAUGGGACCCUCUGCAUGAAGAUGUAGACUUCAGGGAUAUGGAAUGGCAUUCAUUACUCUACAACUAUGGACUUUCUAAUGUUGAUAGUGAUAUUAGAUCUGAUGAAGCUGACGCUGACGCAAACCUUAUUCCUCAACUAGUGGAAAAGCUUGCAAUUCCUAUCCUUCACUAUCAUUUAGAAUACUGUUGGGACAUGCUUAGCACUCGUGAAACUGAAUAUGCCGUGUCUGCCAUGAAAUUGGUGUUUGGAUAUGUUCCCCUGUCUAGUUCUGCUCUGGGCAAUUUGGUCACUGUUUUGCGCAACCGGCUUGCUGAUGCUGUGGCUAAUUUAGUGGUUCCCAAAUGGGACAAUCUUGUAAUGAAGGCUGUACCAAAUGCAGCUCGUGUUGCAGCGUAUGGGUUCGGCAUGUCUGUCCGUUUGAUAAGGAAUAUUUGCUUGUGGAAUAAUGUUCUUGCAAUUCCUAUCUUGGAGAAGCUUGCUCUUGAUGAGCUCUUAAGUGCUAAGGUUCUUCCCCAUCUUCGGAGCAUUAGAUCAGACAUUGAUGAUGCAAUUACAAGAACUGAAAGAAUUGUUGCUUCAUUAUAUGGUGUCUGGGCUGGUCCAAAUGUUAAUGGUGGUAAAAGUCCCAAAUUGCAACCACUGGUCGAUUAUUUGCUAAUACUGAGUAAAAUGCUGGAGAAGAAGCAUUUGGUGACUGGAGCUGAGCAGGAGACUGGAAAGCAUGCUCGUAGGCUGAAGAAGAUGCUUGUUGAACUUAAUGAGUAUGAUCAUGCGAGGGAAAUUUCAAGAACAUUUAAUAUCAAAGAGGCAUUAUGAUAGGCCCUUUCACUACAGGUUCAAAUUUUCUUUACCUUUCUUUCCCAAGGGGGGCUCCAC